AUGACUGUUACAGAUGCUCUCCGCAACCAGAUCAUACCCAUCUUGUUCGACCUCAUCGAGUCGAAAGGUGAUGAUCCUGGAAUGGAAGAUCGACGUGUGGAAAUUGCCGCGGUACGGGCGCAGUUGUGCUCGCGUUUUGCCAUGUUUCUGUGUUUGAAUGUCCUAUCCCUCGCAUAUACACCUAAUCCUUCUUUUAUUCUGUUGAAGCUACAAGAAUCUCUGUUUCUUGUUGUCGUUGUGCUAUUCGUCGUCCGCUGCGGGUUUCCGCAAGCUCUUGGCACAGAACUCUCCGCCCUCUGA